AACGAUUGAGACACACUGAGAGAAGAAGAAUGAAAACAGAAUUUCAAAAGGGUUUGUUGAAUGUUUAUGUUAAUGGUGAUUUAAACAAUUGAAUAAUUCAGGAACACUAUUAGCUGGAUAGUAAGUAUAGUAACAGCAUAAAAUGGCUCUACCCGCAAACUACAAACAAGUAGCCAUGCAAAUGCCAAGCCCACAAGCUUCAAAUCAUUUGCUGUCAGCAGCCGCUCCCAUGACUUUCAACAUUUUGAAAGAGAGACUAAGAGCUUCUGGAGGAUCAAGUUCCAGUACAACAAAAGAAACAAAUCCUUUUAUAUCUACUCCAAAUGGGCAUCCAGGAUUUAUUCCACAGAAAAUUGGUAAAAGUGCCACAAAGAGUGAGGCAAAAACUCCAAAACCGCCCAAAGCGCCAGAGAAGCCCCUAAUGCCAUACAUGAGGUAUAGCAGAAAAGUAUGGGAUGCUGUGAAGGCCCAAAAUGCGGAUUUGAAGUUGUGGGAAAUAGGAAAAAUCAUCGGACAGAUGUGGAGAGAUCUUCCUGAGGAAGAGAAAAAUGAAUUUGUCGAAGAAUAUGAGCUCGAAAAGGUAGAAUAUGAGAAGACGUUAAAGACUUACCAUAGUUCUCCUGCAUAUCUGGCGUUCAUGGCUGCUAAAAACAAAGGAAAAUCAACUACACAAGGUACUGAUGGGGAAACCCAUGAAAGGCAAACAAGUGCCGCUGCGAAACAACAAGCCGCAGCAGACAGACGGAUCGAGAUUCAACCUGCUGAAGACGAAGACGACCAAGACGAUGGCUAUUCCGUUAAGCACGUAGCAUAUGCCAGAUAUUUGAGAAACCACAGGUUAAUAAAUGACAUAUUUUCGGAGACUGUAGUACCAGACGUCAGAUCUGUCGUGACUACAGCCCGAAUGCAAGUUCUCAAAAGACAAGUUCAAUCAUUAACGAUGCAUCAAAAAAAGCUCGAAGCUGAACUGCAACAGAUCGAAGAAAAGUUUGAAGCAAAAAAAAGGAAAUUUGUCGAGAGCAGCGAACAAUUUCAAGAAGAGUUAAAAAAGCAUUGUAAGCCUGCUGUGGAUGAUGAGACAUUCCAAAAGAUGGUUGAAAAACAGUACGAAGCUCUGAAGAAAGAUAAAAAUAAAGGACAAGAAGACAUUAAACCUAAAACUGAGGAUAACGAAAUGGAAAAUCCUGCUUCAGCACAGGAAUCAAAUCAAGCACACCCAGAGCCAAUGGAACAAGACCCUCCGGAAAAAGUAGAACCGGAGCCUCUACAGAGCUCCCCCAUACCAACCACCAACGGACAAGACAUCAAACCUCACCCCGAUCAACAUUCUAGCGCUUCCCACUACCACCCACACAACGAGCAUCCCCCCGCAACCUCGCACCCCCACGAACCUUCUCACAGCACUCCUGUUCAUCCGCACGGUGUGCCGCAGCAUCAGGCGCCUGUCGCCCAUCCUCCAGGUCCUGGAUUGCCUUCGGGCGCCGGUAAUUUACCAGGUACCGUCUCGGGUCACGGUCCAGUGCCGCCUCACAUCCAGCCGGGGCAAGGAACAGCUCAUCCGCCAACUGCCCACGCUCAUCAGAAUCCCAUGAUGCCUCCCGGUCAGGUGCCGCAGUACCAGCAGCAGUAUCCUCCUCAAG